GACGGUUGUUGUUCCAGCUGUACGCAAGGACGCAGCCUCGUGGCUCACUGGGAUCCCGCAUUGUCCCUCUCCACACGAAGACCUCUGGCAGCGGCCCGGCUCCGCUGCUGCUGCUGCGGGAGAGUGACUCUGCUGCUGCAGGAGCAGCAGCACGGCGCAGGGAGAAAGGGAAGGCUAGCUACAGGCAAGGCCUUGUGAACAUCCCCGUUGUGGGGAGGAAGCAAAUAGCAGCAGCAGCAGCAGCAGCAGCAGGCCCACCCGCUGCUGGUGCUGCUGCUGCUGGGCGCGUGCGGCGCCGCCCGCUGCGGAAGACGCUGCAGCAAAUAAUGGCGGAGACGAAGCGCAGCAUGACGCUAGAGCAGCAGCAGCGGCAGCAGCAGCGGCUGCAGCAGCAGCUGCUGCUGCAGCGCUGCGACAGCUUCGACAGAGAAGCACAAAAGGAUGAACUAGCCAAAGCCUUUCAGCUGGGGGAAUGUUCUUUGCUGCCUCCGCAGGCCCGGCUGCCUUCUUUGGCUGCAGCACGGAAAAAAGAGUUCCUUUCGGGGACUAGCAGCUAG